AUGGACUUACCCGCUUCAUCCCCACUCUCGUCUUUACCUCCUUCAGAUCCUCCUUGGGAAAAUGACGAACUUAUCCAGUUUUCCGAAGCAGAAAGUGAAGACGAGACCGAAUACAACUUUCCACCAUCGCCAACCCCGACUCAAAUGCCUCGGACUCGCCAGCUCAACAAACUAGUCUUCAAAUCACCUCUGCCACUUGGAUUGAGAUCUAUGCCUUCCAUCCCCCCAGCAACACCCCAACGACAACGUGCCAGCUCCUUACCACCGAUGUCCAGUGCAUCGCGGGAGAUAACUGUUUCACAGCCACCUCUCCUCAGCAAGGAAGAACGCCAGAGGGAGAACCGCAAACUUGGUACGGCACAGAGCAAGCAGACGCGCAAGACAAAUGCAGAGCUGAGGGCUAGACGGAAGACGGAGGACCGUUUGUCGAGGGUCAGGGAACUGUCAGAAGAGAUCCUUGCUCUCAUGGAGGAGAAAGGGCUGGCAUUUGGAGAUUUCGUGGAGCAUGUCUUCGACCCGAACAGCAAACGUGCUGACCUCCAGUGGCAUGAUUUUUUUCGAGACUCUGGCAGAGUUUCGAGGUUGCUGGAUUGGUGGGUGGCUCCCACAAACAGCAAGAGUGGUCGUGCUCAGGUUGAAGAAUGGGCAGUGGCUCAUGUGGUAAAGCUUGUAAAAACGGAGGCUCGAGUGGUAACCAGGGAAGGGGUGGUGCGUAGGAAGAUUGUCGAUGAUGAUCUUGUUUCGACUUUCAAUGUCGAGGGGUGGUAUGACCGCCUUCGGAACACAUGGGCUAGGGUCACAACUCGAAUCUUCGACGCGGUUUCAGAGUCUACCCGUCAAGUGAAGCAGGGCCUGUCAGAGGCACGAAAAGCGAGGAAACGGAUGACUGUUGUUAGCUCGAUACUUGCAUGCCUCGCAGAGUACAGCUCAUUCAACAAUGUGUUUAAACGCGUCCUCGGCCUUUACCUGUAUGCUACCGGUGCCCAACGCCAAUUAAUUGUCGUACUAUCCCACCUGGGCAUUACCGAAAGUUGGACACAGCUGGUGGGUGGUGUUGGUCUGGGUACUGUGACAACGGACACCCUCGGCAAUGGCUUGCACGACGAUUCGCAAACCGAGCCCUCUCCCACCACUACCACGCCAAAGCGGACUCCUGGGACGCUCCAACAACUCUCCACGCUUAUGCGCCAAAAAUCUCGUGGUCUUGCGGCCUUGGUUACAUAUGGUUCAGUUUACGACAAUGUUAACUUCACUGAACGUGUUGGCGAACAGAUUAUUGGACGCUCGAUGGCCGUCGAGAGUGCAACAGCUGCGACGAUCUGGCCGUUACACAAGGCAGACAAGGAUGACAUGAAAAUUGAAGACCUCAAGAAGAGCUUUGAAGCGGCCGAGCCCCUCCUCAUCUCCGAUAUUCUGCAUAACCCAGAGGAGGAAGAACUCUUCAGAGAGUGUCUCAUUCACUGCAUUCUCCGCAUAGCAGUUGCACACGGCGGCGAAGGCUUCAACAAAUUCCAACGUAAACUCACAGAAACCCUCCCUCGGACCAACCAAGCUAUCGACAUCCACAAGACAGAGCUUCAUCCACUGCCAACCUGGAAGAUCGAUGAGUCAAGCAUUGUAGGGAACGCCGAAGUCAUCGACACUUUGACCAAGGAACUGCACCUACGUAAUCAGCCCACCAACUGGAAGAAAUAUGUCCGUAUCAUUGCCGGCGACCAACUCUCUAUCGCAAGACUUCGAGCGCUGGCUAACCUACGAGCUGGGCAUGAAGAUGACGAAGCCAGUUUUCAAUGGGGAGUAUGGAUGCCCGGUCUUUUCCAUGCAAAGAUAGCUGACAUGCACGGGUUCUUUGUCACACACUGGGGGAAAGCCAACGCCGGUGUGCGGAACCCUGGGUGCCUCGCUUUCCACAAUACACUCCUUCGGAACCACCCCAUAUCAAUCACUUCCCUACCCGCCUUCCGCACCUGCCGUGACCUUGUAUUCGUAUCUCUUUACUCACGCGUCCUGCACUGCUUUCUCCUUGUUUCCGGGCACCCGACACUAGAGGAAUACUGCGAGAAGGUCGACUCCUGGGACACCUUUUACCAACAUGGCCAGCAGGUAUUGGAUGAAUACGCCAGCUCAGCACGCCAGCACAGCCUGCGAUCCGCCAGAGGACCGGUUCCCGCAAAAGAGAAGAAAUCGAAGAAGACCAGUUCUACACCACCCGAGAUCCCUAGAAAAGGAGACAUGGUGUUGGAGAAUGCCAUUCUUUUCCUUCGCGAUGCUGUAAUUUCACGAGAAUUCACGGAUGCGGUGAAGAGCGGUGACUCAGGUAGGGUAGUGCUGGUUCUCAAGAUCUGGGCGCUCAGUUUUCGCGGAAAUGGACGGACAAAGUAUGCCUAUGAAAUGUUGUCUAUCAUCCAUAGCCUUCAGAAGGUCUGGCCCAAGCCAAUUGCGUACGUCUUUCUUUGUUUCUGGCUGCUUCAUUUCUGA